CCAACCUGCUUCGCGCAUUGGCAUAGCCAUUAUUGAAGAGGACCUCAAAGCUUGACGUGUUCGAAAAGGAACCGACAGACAGGAAUAUACUGCAAAGCUGGUAAGGCUAUUAAAGCACAGACGAGCUUGUAUGAUUGCCGCAAGCUCUCCUUUCGACACCUUUGUUCAUGGUAGAAAAUCCCCAAUCCUCUGGCUUGUGUCACAUCGGCAGCUAAUAUACCCCCAUACAUUAUCACCUCUCCUAUUAAUGUAGCCAGAGCCAUCGGCGUCUCUACCCGCUCUCAAAAAGAAUCACACUGUCGUUUUCCCCUCGCAGUCAUAUCCCACCGGUGAUUAGUUGACUCCCCCUGUUUGACAUGGACCACGGCGCAAACUUGUUUACGACAGAAAUCGACAACAGCAGCAGCCACCUCCCUUCAAUCAACACUGCACCACCCAGCGGCCAAUCUCCUAUGCACUCGCCGAGCUCUGUUGAGACCCCGUCAUCAUCGACAACGCCGACCAUCUCUGCCACUACGAAUAACGCCAGUGCGGCUGAUCUUAACUUGAGUAUCUCUCAGGCGCAGAGCUUCAACGAGCACUCCAUCCCCCAGUACAGCUUGCCACCCGCAUCAUCCAUACAGCAGCCGACCUACACGUCCGCAUUUGGUGCAACCCAGCCCCAAACCUCGUGCAGCGGCAACGGAUACCACGCUUCGACACAGUACGUGUCUCAUGAACAGCAGCCGCCGCUGGCGCCUCUGCAGUUUGGACCCUUGGGAGUGAUUAGCCCGCAGCGCAGUCAGACAGCGUUCCCGUACGAGUUUGGGCCGACAGACAGCAGCUGCCGCGGACCCAACGUUUAUCAUCCAGCCGACAUGGAUACCGGUAAUGCAGGUGGGCAGACGCCCCAGCAGUUGGGCACUGCUGGAUACAUACGCCAUGUAGGUAGUGUGGCGGUGAGCUCGCAGAUGCAGCCGCCGCAGAUGCAGGCAUCGCACAGCCAGCAGUCUAUCAUGGAGCUGCCCGCAUCAACCUCUUCUGGCCUGGAGCAUCCGAUGCGCACGCAAAGCGACCCCUCGUUUACGCAGACAUCCAACCAGCCCAUCUUCACAACACUAAACUUCCAGAACUCGCAGCUGCAGGAAUACGAUAGCUAUGCGCGCCCCAUCAAGCGUGCGGGCCGGGUGACCAAGCCCAAGCGCACCCCACGGCCACCCAACGCCUUCAUCCUGUACCGCAAGGCAAAGCAGGCUGAGGUGAUCCGGGACAAUCCAGGCGUGUCCAACAAGGAUGUGUCGUGUAUAAUCGGACAGAUGUGGAAGGCCGAGGACCCGUCGGUGCAGGACAAGUUCCGCGAGCAGGCCGAGCUCGAAAAGAAGAAGCACAAGGAGCUGCACCCGAACUACAAGUACCAGCCACGCAAGCCCAAGAACAAGCGCAUGCAGGAGGCUGCCGCUGCCGCUGCCGCUGCGGCGGCUAGUGUGGGCGGUGCUUUAAUGGGAGUGGUUCCUGGCGCCCACGACGUCAACUCAUUCAUGGGGGCCGGUGUUUCAGCCAUGGGCACGGCUAGCCUGCCAUCGGCUGCCAAGGACCCAUCGUCAUCAGGGCAGUUCCAGUACUCAAAGUACCACUUGAUGAUGAGCUCGGGUCAGCAGCCGCAGACGCCAGGGUCGCAGCACCAGGUGUCUCGUGGCGAUGACUACUAUUACCGGACACAGGGGGCCCUGGAGGCACAGCACGCAUCACACCACGGCGGGUUUGUUAAUGUCGGCAUGCCGGCCCAGCUGGAUAUCAAGAAUGGCUUUGUCGGCAACCCGAGUGCGGCGUAUUGGACGCCCGCCACACCCAGCGACGCCGGUUUCACCAAUCCGCUGGCGCCGACCAAUGUGUUCCAGCACGGCAGUAACGGCAAUGACCACCAGCAGGUGCGCGCCUUUGAAUCCAUGGCCCAGCACCCAGCCCACGGAGCCCAGUCGUUCCACAGCGCCUCGUUUGACCACCAGGCCGAGUACCACCAGCACCAGCCGCAGGGCCACCACAGCCAGCAGAUGGUUAGCUCGUAUUCGAGCGGCCUCACAUACCAGCAAAGCCAGCAGCAAUCCCAAGCGGGUGUCGACAGUCUUGAUACCUCUGCCGCCGCCGCAGCAGCCGCUGCCGUUGCGACCGAAGCCCAGGGACUUGGCUUGCUGUCGCCGCCACCAGUAGCCUGGUCAUCCAACCUCUAAAAUGAAAGCCCCCACCACAAUUGUUUCCUUGCAACAUUCCAUUUCUAUGUUAAACUUAUUCUGCCUUUUUUGUUUAGUGCAUCACCCCUUCAGUAACCUGUUCUUUACUCAAUAUCAUUUAUUGCCUUCCGCACUUCCU